AUGUCCUAUGGCUGGUUGACUGAAAGCACAUUAUUUGGAAAAAAAGAAGAAAUCAUUGAAUUAAACAAAGAUAAAUUAUUUAAUGAAAAUAAAGGUAAUGACAAAAAUGAAAGUAGCAUUGAUAAAUUGAAUGGCAUGGUUAAUUCUUACCUUCAAAAUAUAAAGGAGAAUAAAAAAAAUCAAAUAGGGCGAAAAAAGGUAAGUUAUCAUGAUAAAUUGUACAAUGCCAAGAACGAAGGAGUGGAUAGAAGAAACAAGCAAGAUAAGAAAAAUUCCUUAGUAAAAACACAAAUAAAUAAAGUGAAAAAGUAUGAACAGCUUAAGAAAAAAGGACAGAAUGAUCCCAAAUGCUUAGUAAAUUUCGAAUCAAAAAAGGAAGUAGAGCAGGAGUUGGAAGAAAUACAAAAGUUGAGGCAAAAGAAAAUAGGAACACAAUUGUAG